AGCAUUAGGAAUCUUCGGAAGUGGAGAUGGUAAUAUUACCGUGAAUUGGGAACUCUGUUACUAUGUGGAGACUUGUACAACUAAGCAAAGACUAUGGUUACCGUACACAUGCAUGUUUCUCGCUGAACGUUCAAGACCUUUCUAUGGACCUGCUGAUAAAACACCAAAGAAGAUAUCUCCUGAGAAGACCCCUAGAAAGAGAAAGCUAAAGGAAGACCAUACAUUGCCUCUCGGAGUCAGACCUCACAAACUAAAGGAACCGGAUUUGAACACAACAUACGACAUCACACAUGUACCACUAAAGCAAGGAAAAUGCGAGAACGCUUUUAAGGAAUUUGUGCGGAGAGGAAAAGAAAUGAUUUUUGAUGAAUAUUUUUACAUUUUGCAAAGUAACAAUCGUACUGAUAGAGACAUGUUAGAUUAUUUGUUGAACAUUGAUGCUAGUACAGAGGAUAAAUUUGAGACGGUACUGAAAAAUGUAGCUACAGAGAAAGAGAUCGAGAACUACUUACAUCAGUGCUGGAGGUACAAUUACGUACGUAAAUCAGAAAGUAAAGAAGUAAUUGAAAGUACUCAUACAUCUCCAAUAAAACCUCAAAUAACGAUUCAUAUAUCAUGGUGCCUGGUUUGCGGGAAGAAGGAGAAGCUACGUGAGUGUCCUAACUGCCCUUCGUCCUUCCACAUGCCGUGCAGGAGGGAGUGGCUGGUUAAUAUACUACAUCGCAAGAACCCACCACAAAAGCCCUCAAAGCAAACAACAUUGGUUGAAAAGAUUUUAUCGAGUACUCGCACCAUUUGUACUGUUAAGAAAGAGAAGGAAAAUACCGAACUGUGCCCCAGUUGCAUGUGGGGGCCACGGGUUGGCUAUGAUGAUGUAGUGUGGCACAAAUUGGGGUCAUGUCCGUGGUGGCCAGCCCGCGUCUUGACUCCGGGCUCCACACCCUCCUGUCUCCUCUCUCGCAGUCACACCCCACACCAGUGGCCUCUCAGAUAUUAUGGCACUGAGAACUACUCGUGGGGGGACGCGUCGCGCAUAUGCCUCUUCCUGCCGGGUCACACUGCGGCAUUGGAGUCGCAACAGCAAGAUUUGCGUCAAGCAGUCCUCGACGCGUGCGAUGAUUACAUUUCUGUGUACCUCACAUAAAAUAUGAUCAGCUUGGGGCCUUUACACGCAGCCUCUCGUCCUAACAGUAUGCGAUUCAAUAUUGAACAUCUCCGUGUAGACCAGGGGUCGGCAACCUUUUGAGUCGGACAAGCCAAAAAUUACAAUUUUCAAUAUAUUAUCAAAGUUUUGAAAGAGUCACAAAAUGUUUUCUUGGCCACAUUAAAUAGUGCUUGCAUAAAUAAUUUUUUUUAUA